CCUCGACGCUCCCCGCAGCGCCGUCCAGCACCAUGGUGAACGAGAGGUGCGAGGGCGGGCUGCUGGUGCAGCUGGGCCCCCAGCUGCAGGCCUACCCGCAGGAGCUGCUGCGGCAGCGGCGCGGCCCCGACGGCGCCCCGGAGUACCUGGUGCGGUGGCGCGUGGUCGGCGCGGAGGAGCGGGCGGCGGGCGGCGGCGGCGGCGGCUCCUCCGCGGGGCUCCGCUCGGAGAGCGUGGCCAUGUGGCUGUCGGCGGAGGAGGUCCGCGCCGGCUGCCCGGCGCUGCUGGGCGAGGGGCAGCGGGCGGGGCCGCGGGCGGAGGAGGAGAGGGCGCCCGGCCCGCCGCCCGCGGCGCCGGACGAGGCGUCGCUGCUGGAGAUGAAGGCCGACGUCGGGAGCCUGGUGCGGCGAGCCGGCCGGCAGCUGGCCGGCGGCGGGGCCCCCGCGUCCUCCGUCCUCCACACCGUCCGCGUGCUGAGCGCGUACGCCGGCAUCGGCGCGCUGGCGGGCGCCUUCGAGGAGACGGGAGCCCUCGAGCUGCUGACGGAGAUGCUGUGCCACGAGGAGAAGGCGAUCUGCCGCGGCGCCGGCGAGAUGCUGAGGGCUCUGGCUUCGCACGACGCAGGGAGCUGGGCUCAUGUACUUCUGUCUCUGAGCCAGCAGGAUGGCAUCGAGCAGCACAUGGAUUUUGACAGCCGUUACACCUUGCUGGAGCUGUUUGCUGAGACAACAUCCUCUGAAGAGCACUGCGUGUCCUUUGAGGGCAUUCAUCUUCCUCAGAUCCCCGGGAAGCAGCUGUUCGCCCUGGUGAAGCGCUACCUGUGCGUCACUUCUCUCCUGGACAAGCUCAACAGCGGCGAGGAGCAGAGCGAGGAGCGGCAGAAGAGCAGCCGUGUGAAGCAGGAGUUUGAGUUCAGCAUGGCUAUGGCAAACCUCAUCUUGGAGCUGGUGCACGUGAUGGGCUGGGACCACAGCCACAAGCCGGAGUCACCAUCCCAGCAGGAGACGAAGCCUCGCACCUCCCGCUCCAUCUUCCAGCACCAGCCCACAUCCUCCAGCGCUGCUCCAGCAGCCCCUGCUCCUGCACCAAAUGAGCCCAGCACCUUCAAGACACGCUCAGCCUUCCCAAGCCGCAGCAGCUAUGUGGAGUAUGUGCAGGCAAACCUGAUGCACGGCAUGCGGGUGCGCAUGCUGGAGGACUACGAACAGGUCAGCGCAGGUGAUGAGGGUGAAUUUCGUCAGAGUAAUGAUGGCACGCCGCCUGUGCAGGUAUCUGCUGCUGGGAGGAUGGGGCUGUUGGGGGACAUUGUGUGGCGUGGAAAAUACCUUAGCCUUGUGUGGGAGCAGUGGGGCUUGCCAUGCAUUUCCUCAGUCAUGUGUGGUUUUGGCUCUCCUCUGCAGGUGUACUGGUAUGCCUCAGGCUGCACGUACUGGGUUCACUGGCACAUGGUGGAGAUCAUUGGCUCUUCUGGGCAGGAGGAGCAUGAGGGCCGAGAGAAGGUGUCCACUCUGAGAUACAGCCACAAGCUGGUAGCAGCUGCACAGCCGCUUUUCUCCAAGCCCCCGGGGGGGCUGUACUCGCUGCCUUACGUGGGGGAGCGGCCGAGCAGAGCCGCAGCGCCCCUGAGCCGCGCUGAGUGGUGGGAGCUGCUCUUCUUUGUGAAGAAGCUGGAAGCGCAGGAGCAGGAGGAGAUCGUCCGACUCAUCCAGCGGGAGCGCGCUGAGCAGCCGUCGGAGCCGGCCGAGGACGCCCUGCUGCAGCUGCCGGUCCCUGCGGAGCUGGCCCAGAAGGUGCUGCAGGACCUGGAGAAGCGGCUUCGGGGCAGCGCUCAGAGCGAGCUGCGCGGCUCCCGUGUGUACGCCGAGCACCUGGGGAGUGCGGCCGAGCAGCGCGGCGGGGGCGGUGCCACGGCGUGCUCAGAAGGCGAUGAGCCCGGAGCUGUGCCGGCCGAGGUGGCGAAGGAAGAGCUUUCCGCAGCCGCGGCCCUCAGGUCGGAUUCCCAGCUGUUCCGUGAGCUCCUGGAGAGGGAAGGGCUGCGCUUCUCGCGGGCGGCGGAGCGGAGCGAAGCGUGGGGCGGCUGCGAGGGCGGCUGCCUGGCCGAGGUGCGGCGCGUGGCGGACGCGAUCCUGCGUGGUGACUGCGAGGCGGAGCUGCGCGCGGCCGGGCUGCGGCACGUGGUGAAGGUGCUGGAGGAGGACCGGGAGCAGGAGCGGCACUGCAGGGAGGCCCAGGGCGGGCCGGGGACCAGGGAGAAGCUGGUGAAGGCGGUGGUGGAGCUGCUGGGCGCUGUGGAGGCCGAGUCGUGCGCGGUGGCGCUGGUGAUGCGGCUGGUGGCCCUGCUGAUGGAGAGGUGUGAGUGGUGUGUGCCCUUCGCCACAGAGGGAGGUGUGCGGGCGGUGCUGGCCUGCAUGCGGCAGCACGUGGCCUCGGCCCUGGUGCAGCAGGCCGGCCUGGCGGCCCUGAAGGUGCUGGUGGGAGCCGGAGGCGCCGGCGGGAAGCCGUCGAUGCUGAGCCACGCCGACGCGCAGAUGAUGCGGGAGAUCUUUGCCAGCAUCGGCUCUGCCUGCGGCGAGGGCUCACCCGGCCUGCUGGCUGCCAUCCCCGCUGCCAUCCGUGCCAUGCAGGGCGUGCCAGGGGGCUCCUCGGGCGUGCAGAACGGGCUGCUGGUGGUGAGGAUGCUGGUGGAUGGGCACCGAGGCCUGGCAGAACAGCUGGUGGGCUGUGACCUCCCUGCGGUGCUGCAGAGCUGCUGGCGGGCCGGGCGGGACGCCGGCUGCCCCAACGCCAUGCUGGCCCUGGGCAUCAUCAACCGCCUGGCGGAGCACCGGCUGUCCUGCAGCCCCGAGAUGCCAGGCACCGAGGCCCUGCUGCUGGAGGCGAGGGAGGCACGGGUGCCUGCAGGCGGCCUGUGGGACGGCGCGCUGCCCGAGGACGUGGUGGUGGCCCUGGAACGGCAGCUCUGCGGCGUGGCCGCCAUGCCUGCGGGUGAGGCAUCCCGGCAGCUGCAGGAGCGCCGCUGCUUCCGUCCGCUGCUGCGCAGCCUUGAGCUGCCAGGGGUGGAGAAGGCCAUGGGGCUGCGGAUCCUCAGAAUCCUGAGCGUGUUCCUGGACGGUUACCGGGAGGAUGCGCUGCCCUGGCAUGAGUGCGUGGAGCCGUGCCUGUCCUUCCUGAGCGCCCACAGCGGUGACCGUGAGGUGGUGCAGGAGGCGGUGGGCUUCCUGCACCGCCUGGCUACUGCCAGCAAAGACUGCGCCGUGGGGAUGUGCCGAGCGGGCGCCCGUGAGGCUGUGGCCAAAGCCCUGGACAAGCACGGCCCGGCCCUGCCGCUGGCACCGGCCCUGCUAGAGCUGGUGAGAGACUGCGAGAGGCACGCCGCGCUCUACAAGAAGCUGACGGGCAGCAUCUUGGCCGGCUGCAUCCAGGUGGUGCUGGGGCAGAUUGAGGAGCACCGCCGCAUCCAGCGGCCCAUCAGUGUCCCCUUCUUUGACAUCUUUCUGCGCAACCUGUGCCGAGGCUCCAGCGUGGAGGUGAAGGAGGACAAGUGCUGGGAGAAGGUGCAGGUCUCCUCCAACCCGCACCGCGCCAGCAAGCUGACGGACAGGAACCCCAAGACCUACUGGGAGUCGAACGGCAGCACCGGCUCCCACUACAUCACCAUCCACAUGCAGUGCGGGGUGGUGGUCAGGGAGAUGAGCAUGCUGGUGGCCAGCGAGGACUCGAGCUACAUGCCGGCCCGCGUGGUGGUGCUGGGAGGGGACAGCCCCGCUGAUGUCCGUACGGAGCUGAACGCAGUGACCGUCCUGCCCUCGGCCAGCAGGGUGGUGCUGCUGGAGAACAUGACGCGUUUCUGGCCCGUCAUCCAGAUCCGGGUGAAGCGGUGCCAGCAGGGCGGCAUCGACACGCGUGUGCGUGGCAUCGAGGUGCUGGGGCCCAAGCCCACCUUGUGGCCUAUCUUCAAGGAGCAGCUGUGCCGGCGCACGUUCCUCUUCUGCAGUGCUCGGGCGCACGCCUGGUGCCAGGAGAUCCACCAGGAUCGGGGACAGCUGCUGCAGCUCUUUGGCAAGCUGAACCGGGCAUUACAGCACGAGCAAGACUUCGCCGACCGCUUCCUUCCCGAUAAGGAGGCGGCCCGAGCCCUGGGCAGGGCGUGCUGGGAGGCCCUGGUGACCCCCGUGGUGCAGAGCAUCACCAGCCCAGACCCGAGCGGCAUCAGCCCCCUGGCCUGGCUGCUGGGCGAGUACCUGGGGAGCGCAGAGCAGUCCUGCAGUGGUGCCUUCGGUUCCUGUGUGCGGCGCCUGACCCAGCUCCUGGUGCACGUGGACCCGGGCGCGGAGCCGGCGGAGGCAGGAGCGGCCGGCAGGAAGGAGGGCAGGAACAAGGAGGCGCCAGCCCGGGUGGCGGUGGCAGAGAAGUCUGGCGGCCUGCGGGACGCGGUGCGGUGCUGGCGUGGCGUGGUGCAGCAGCAGGUGCAGCGGUUCCUGGAGAUGUCGGGGCAGGCACCGGACGUCGUGGAGCGGUACUGCGCGCUGUACUGGCGCCUGCGCGGUGCCACGGAGGAGCUCUUUGGGCAGCGGGCCGCCUUCGUGGCAGCCCUGGGCCAGGGCUUCGCCAGGGCUCUGCAGCAGCUCUCCUUCCUGACCGCCCUGCACGUGAGCGAGCGGUUCGCCCGCUACCUGGACAGGAAGGUGCAGGAGCUGCACGGGGCCACGGGCAGCACGGGGCAGCUGCAGCAGAUCCUGGAGCCCUUCGUUAUCUUCGGCGGCCUGGAGUUUGCCCACACCUUCGAGCACUUCUACCGGCUGUACCUGGGGGACCGGCUGCUGGUGCAGGGGCCCUCCUGGCUGGAAGGGGCCGUGGUGGAGCAGAUGGGGCCGUGCUUCCCCCGCCGCUUCCCCCAGGAGAUGCUGAGUGACCUGGCGGAGUCAGAGGAGCUGCAGCGGCUCUUCCACCUCUUCCAGCUGCAGGAGCGAGACCGGCAGCUGCUAGAGUGCAGUCUGGGUGCUGAGAGCCCUGAGGCUGAGGCUCUAGGGGAGGCCCCCAUGGCAGAUACGCUGGAGGUGGAAGUGCUGGUGCUGUCCCCGCGCUGCUGGCCCGUGUCCCAGCUGUGCUACAUGGAGGAGCCCCGGAGGUUCUUCCCGGCAGCGCUGAGCUCCCCGCUGGAUGAGUUCACGGCCUUCUGGCAGCACAGCCAGAGCCGGCUGGGCUGGGGGUGUGCGAGGCCCCGGUGGCUGCAGUGGACGUGGCUGGGCCACGCUGAGCUGCGCUUCGGAGACUGCGUCCUCCACGUGUCCACGCUGCAGAUGUACAUCCUGCUGCGCUUCAACAGCACUGAGGAGGUGGCGGUGGAGGCUCUGCUGCAGGCGACGGGGCUCCCUGCCGAGCUGGUGCACCAGGCCCUGGCCCCGCUGACCCACGGUGAUGGCAUCCUGGUGCAGAGCUGCACGCAGGGGGCUCCAGGUGCCCUGCGGCUGAACCGGGCGGCCCUGGCCCAUGCCUCUGGCCGCCAGCUGAGGCUGCUGCCCCGGCAGAGGUACCUGCGGGCAGAGAGGGCUGAGAGCAGUGCCUUGGAGAGGAAAAGGAAUGUCCUCUGCUGCCUCAUCACCCGCAUCCUCAAGGCGGAAAAGCAGCUGCACAUCGAUAACUUGGUGUUUAAGGUGAUCGAUGCCUGUGAGAAGGGUGAGCUGGGGCCAGGCCUGCAGUUCCUGAGCUUCUGCUGUCACAGUGUGGACGUGCUGUCCUGUGUCCUGCACCUGCUGAACCAGGGCUACCUCCGGCGCCAGGACGAGAGGCCUCACAUCCUGGAGUACGUCUCUGCUGAGCCCCCACCAGCCCUAUCCCAGGCCCAGCCCCAGGUUGCCUUCCAGACUGUAGAGAUCAAGACAGCAGCAAACCCAGCCUCUGCUGAAAGGAGACAGACAUUCUCCACCUUUCGGUAGAGAAGGACUGAGCUGGCAGGGCAUGAGCUGAGCCCAGUCCAUCACUUCUGGUGGACUUGGGGCUUUAGAGGGAAUAAACAAGCUUGGCUGCACAUCUUCUAACGUGUCAAGAGAGCUGCAGCUGACCCUGGGCUUGCGAGGACAGAUGUUACCCUCAGCCCUACCUUCUGGAGGGGCAGCAGGAGCCAACCUGCCUUUGCAUUGUUGCCCUUGGGCACAGAGGGAACUACACAGCCCUGCCAUAAUGGUACCAGCAUUAAUU